UCUCGCCUUCACUGCGUUCGUUGAAUACUGCUGUUUACUUUGGCGCUAUUCAAGUAUCCUCUCGUCGGCUAUGCUUCUCACCUGCAACCUCAGCCAAGAUUGCAAACCACCUCCCGAGCCUAAUGGCUAAGCAUUCUCCGAACGACCUUAACUUCGGGCAUUUUGGGCAGGCAACAUACGAUGUAGAAAAUUCAGCAUGGGCAUUUGGCCGCGAGCCUGGAGUAAGAAGGGAGCUCCAGCAAUUAGGCGGCUGGAGAAUGGCCCUUCCUCCCAGUAUACACUUUGAACGUACCUCUACUUUCGAGCAUCCAUGGACGAUUCGACACGUGCAGCAAGAAGCGAAAGCGCUCGCUCGCAGCAACCCUGAGAUUGCCCCCUCACUUGGAAACCUCCCUGAGCUCGCAGUCGCUUCGUCAGCCGUGACUUCCGUAACCAGUACCUACGAUGCUGCUAUUGGGGAAGUCCUUUCCUUUGGGAGCUUUACUUCCGAGGGUUACUCCAAAAACCCAAGGCAGGUCGCGGCGGUUGUAACUGGGGAAGUUGGGAAUAUUCUCCGCCUGACAACGCUUGCGAAGGAGAGACAUGGAUGGGAGCAAGACAGGAGCAUCUGGGUCGAAGGCUGGGCCAUCACAGACGAAGAGAGUGGAUACUGGGCUGGAGAUGCGGCGCCAAUUCAACAGGUAUGCUUCGCCCAAUCUGAAGAGCGAUCUGCGUUUCUCGCUGCCCGCUUUCCUACCCGAAUUGUACUGUUUCGCCCUAUCUAUCAUGAACGUCCCGUGCGACCCCCCCGCUCCCCGUAUUACCAGCUUCCACCUUCUAUGAUCGAAGCGAACCCAAUUUUAUCUCUAGACAUGGAAACGAUGGGAGGCACACCGCUUGCCGAUGUAACGUUCAAUCCUGACUAUCAACGCCAGGUCGGCUUUGUAGAUCAAGAGGGUAACUGGAGUGUUUGGGACAUUGAGGGCGGCCACAAAAAUAGAUCGCAGCAUACAAUAUCUUGCAUAGAUCGAGGUUGUGUUUUACCGAACAAGCACAUGGACGACGUAGAAGAGAAGGGAAACCCGGACCGUGAAGACGGAUGGGCUCGUAUACUCUGGAUCGGUGACGUAAAUACCAUCUUGGUAUGUAAUCGCAGGCGCCUGGGUGUAUUUGAUUUCAGAGGUGGGAUACGUCAGGUUCAAGGGCUUCCAUGUCCAGAAAUAGCCUCUUCAAGUUCCGCCGACUGGAUAUUGGAUAUGAAAAGAAACCCGAAGAAUAAACACCAGGUCUUCAUCUUGACGUCAUCGCGUCUCUAUCUGAUGCAGAUUAAGUGUUUGAAUGAUACAAUUGAAGACAGUGGUAGUGCAGGAGCUAUCAUUGUACUGUCAUGGGCCCAUUUUCGUGGCCUGGAGGACAUCACGCUCCGAAUUUGUGUUGCUCCUAAAUCCGGCGAAGAAUCUCUGGUAAUCAUGUAUUCCCGCCUGAACGCGCUCGUGACGGUUUUCCGGUUCCAAGACCUUGACCAAGAGCCUUUGAUUGCGUACUCCAGCUCGGAUCCUGUGGAAUUGAGGCUUGACGAACGACUGUUCGAUGCAAUUGGAACACCACGGUAUAUGCUCAACCUCAACAUAUCUUCGCUUCAGUUCGGAGAGGGCGAUAAUCUUGGACCCCGGGGACCUGGCCUCGCGUACCUGUCGAAUGACACUCAUUUCUCUCGUUUGUCAGUAAUGCUAUCCGAUCUAAGCGUUCAUGAAACAUUACUGUGUGCCCUUCAGCCGGAGGAAAGAAACGGAUCACAUGACGCGCUUAUUGUAGACCGGCCUACCUGGACUACAACCACCCGCGCGCGUUUUGGCCAUCCAUCUUCGAAUCUAAUAAACCAUGACGAAGAGUUUGUUGUGUCAGAUGGGAUGAGCACUAUGCAGGCGCCCAAGAUGAGGAAGUCUUACCUGUCUCCGAAACCGAUACAGAGUCGAAAAUUCAGCACAUCACAGUCCACAGCAACAAGGCCGGGUUCUUGGACAGUGGAUUACAGCUUUCUGUAUGAUGCAUUAAACCGAAAGGAUCUGAAUACGAUGGCCCAGUCGGAGGACAUCUCAGCUUUGUUAGACAGAAUUAGACGCUUGUUGGUUGAAGAACCAAAUAUAAUGGAAGUAACCCAAAGGACAAUACUGGCCCAAGCUGAAUCAAGAGUUAAUGUUCUCGACAUUGAUGAAGCGUCAUUGCAUCUGAAUGCACUUUUCUCCGCUUUUGAGAAUUCUCCAUCUCUUAAGAUUAGACAUAUAGCAUCCAACCAAGUUCUUCAAAUAUCUGAGGUCGACGGCCAGCAAGCCACUAUCUCAUCUUUAUACGAUACCAUUCUGCAGAACUGGAUCGCUCCUUUACCUGCGGCCGUUCCUGCUCGUACUCGACAGCGUAUAGAGCGCCUCGCGCGACACAUUGCCGCAGAAAUUAUGCUAGCUAGCUUGCGCAUCCGCCGGAUAGAACCGGCCCCUCCCUCUCUCGACGAACUUGCAUUACAAGCAGGACCAACCCAGGACAGCGCUGUCGCCAUGCACAUCCUACUGUCCCGGCCAAACAAGGAAACACAGCUCUCACCAUCUUCAAGCCAACAAUUCCUCAUCCGCCAAUCAUCGUCAUCUUCACAGUCUCAAUCUCAAACUGUGUUGCCCACACCAGAGCCAACUCCCAUGAACAAUCCCCUAAGUCGGCUUAAUCAACAUCUCCAGAUCGCCAAACCGAUUAACACCGCUGUCCCUCCCAGUGUAAAUCAAGUUCUGAUGCACUGGCGGCUCGGCGAAGAUCCGAGUACAUAUAACUGGGACGCAACAACUCGUGUCGUGCAAGAAGAGCUCCAAGGUAGUGAUGAAAUUAGCGCGGAACGUCGGGCAAAACUGCAACGGAAAGCGGAGCGACAUUUGAAGAAGCAGAGAAGAGAGACGCAAAUCUUCAGGGAGAGACAGAUGGCUGAGAGCCAAUCGACAUUCUUGCAGAGCCAGUCGGCGUUGGUGCGCGGUGGUAGAUUGAGAAGCUCGCCUGCGCCAAUGGUGGGUAUGGGAGGAAGUAGUCAGGUUCAGGGCCUAAGUCAGAGCCAAGGAUUGGGCGGAAUUAUGGUGCAGAGUCAGGUGGAGCCUGGGAGAUUUGGAGGCCGACCGGAGAAGAAAAGGAAGAAGGGGAAGAGUAGGCUGACAAUUAUCGUCCUGAGUUUGAAACGGUGUAUCCGGCACAAGUGGCAGCCCAAUAUGUCAGGAUUCCCAAGUUUGCAGCCUGCUUUCACCGUUCGAGUGGAUAUUGACCCGCCGUUGCCCGUUGGCGGACAGUGUGGCACAUCAUUGGUUAUUGUCCCAAUGGUGUCAGGAACUGUGAAGAGUGAGCCUGGAUUUGAGCCUACGCUAGAUGCUGAGCUGCAUGGUGUUGGAUACGACUACAUCCACAACGACGCAGACGGUGGCAACAUGCGCCUAGAUGUGCGAAGUCAAGUUAAAAAUAACGACGGUACUAUUUUCGCAAUGUACUACAAAGGCACCGUCGGUCUCACCGAAGGCGUCAAGGCUUUGCUUGGCGGCUCAGCAGAUGCGAAGACGACUCCCUACGGUGACUCUUUCGUCUCGUUCUCCUUUGAGACUGGAAGUCCGAAGUACAAGGAUUUGGAGAAUGCGACGUAUGUAGCGGCGGGACAUUUUGUGAAAGAGCCGGGUAUGAAGGGACUUGUGGUUGAGUACAAGGUUUCCAAGGUAGUGUCCAAGGGGUAAGCGAACCCAUAAGCUAUGAAGUUCCAGGUUGGGGUGGAGGCUGAUGGUAAGUAGGGAUAUUGGGAUGGGGUUGAAGGCCGUGAAGCUUUAGGAGUAGGGUGAAGGCCUAUUAUGAACUGUAGCCGUCGCCUGUAUGGAGAAUUGUUUUACUCGAGU